AUGGCCUCCCAGACAGCACCCCAGACCAACGGCCUGCCUGCCUCCUCGAACGGCAGCCAGAGCAACCCUGCGACACAGGCGACAGCAUCCAACUCGCAACCGCCAGCAUCUCAGUCACAAACCGCCACAAACGCAUCACAAUCGCAGUCGACUCAGCAGAACCAGCAACAGCAACAACAGCAGCAGCAAGGCCAGCAGGCGCCCGCGUCCCCCACAACCUCGGCCCCGCGCCCCCGCGACGCGCGCAUGAUCGAGCUCCUCCUCACCUCGCAGGGCGUGACGGCGUACGAGUCGCGCGUGCCGCUCCUGCUCCUCGACUUUGCCUACCGCCACACGUCGUCGAUCCUCAACGACGCCCUCCACCUCUCGGCCGACCCCUACACGACGCACGCCGGCUCCAAGCCCUCGGCCUCGGCGGGCGCCGGCGCCGCCUCGAUCUCAGGCACCUUCGUGGCGCCAUCGUUGUCAGCCCUACGCGUCCACGGUACCAAUGGCCGUGAACCGAAUAUUCCAGUUCCACGAAGUCGUCCUUCCUGGUUGCGAUGA